AUAUGUCAUAACAACCUAAAAAAAGGGAAAAAGUUCCUCAGGAACCAUGACGUAACAUUCAUAUUCUCUCUUUCUGAAUUCUCAAGAAGAAGACCAAUCGCCUAACCAUUUUCCUCUCCGCAGAUCGACUCUCUCACAAUUAAUCUUUAUGUAAUUUUGUUUGAGAGAGAGAGAGAGAGAGAGAGAGAGAGAGAGAGAGAGAAUGGGGGUGGAUUAUUACAGCGUAUUGAAGGUGAACAAGAACGCAACAGAAGAUGAUUUGAAGAAGGCGUAUAGGAAGCUGGCCAUGAAAUGGCACCCUGACAAGAACCCUAAUGAUAAAAAUGAAGCAGAAACCAGAUUCAAGCAGAUCUCUGAGGCUUAUGAGGUCUUGAGUGAUCCUCAGAAAAGACAAGUUUAUGAUCAAGAUGGUGAAGAAGGUUUGAAAGAUAUGCCACCACCUGGAAGUGGUGGAUUCUCAUAUGGAGGUGGAUCCAAUGGAUUUAAUCCUAGGAACGCGGAGGACAUUUUCGCAGAAUUCUUCGGAAGUAGUCCCUUCGGAUUUGGGUCAUCGGGACCUGGAAAAUCCAAGAGGUUCUCAUCCGAUGGAGGGGGGACGUUCGGAGGAUUUGGUGGAGGUGAAAAUAUUUUUCGGUCAUAUAGUGAAGGUGUCACACCAAAGAAACCACAAGCAGUUGAGAGCAAAUUGCCCUGCAGCCUUGAGGAGCUGUAUUCUGGAUCAACAAGGAAGAUGAAGAUCUCAAGGAGUGUGGUUGAUGCUAAUGGGCGCCAAGUGCCGGAGCAAGAAAUAUUGACGAUUGAUGUGAAGCCAGGAUGGAAGAAAGGAACCAAGAUUACAUUCCCAGAUAAAGGAAAUGAGCAGCUAGGUCACCUGCCAGCUGACCUUGUGUUUGUGAUUGAUGAGAAACCACACAACACUUACAAGAGAGAUGGCAAUGACCUCAUUGUGAACAAAAAGGUGACACUGGCCGAGGCAUUAGGUGGAACCACGGUGCACCUCACCACGCUUGAUGGUCGCGAUUUAUCAAUUCCGGUUACUAACAUUGUGAACCCGGGCUACGAGCUCGUCGUUGCCAGGGAGGGUAUGCCAAUAGCUAAAGAGCCUGGCAAUAGGGGUGAUUUGAAGAUCAUAUUUGAGAUCAGGUUUCCUACAAGACUGACCCCAGAGCAAAGAGCUGGACUUAAACGAGCUUUGGCAGUCUGAAAAAGUGAAAUACAUGACCUAAUUUCGAUUGUAGAUUGACCAACAGUUUGGGUAGUUAGGAAGUCACAUACAUUACAAGUCAAAUCUGCACUUUUUGUAUUUUUUGUGUGUGUACAAUAUACUUUAUAAACACUGACUCCUUACAUGUAAAGAGUCAUUCUUCAAUUGUUAACUGCAAAUCACAGUCUAACACAUAUGCAAAUGUAACUUAUUAAAUUUACAAAAAUGAAAAAUUUAUAUACA